AUGGGAGAGAAUCCUCCUCAACCAUUGUUAAGAGACUAUGACCACCCCAACGCAUUCCAACUUCGGAGUGGCAUACGUCUUCCCACCACGAAUGCAAACAACUUUGAGCUUUCACCUCAACUCAUCCGCCUGAUUCAAAGCGAUCAAUUUGGGGGUAGUCCUUAUGAGUGUCCUUUUUCUCAUUUGGACAACUUUCUUGAAUUGUGUACAACUAUCAAGAAAAACAACAUUUUGGAAGAGUUUAUUCGGAUGCACAUGUUUCAAUUCUCCCUUCGAGACAAAGCAAAGCAUUGGUUGAGAACGGUUGAAGAGGGAUCGUUGAGUACUUGGGAUGAGGUGACUAGAGCUUUUCUUGGGAAGUAUUGCCCUCCCGAGAAAACCGCUGAAUUAAGACGGAAGAUCACAAACUUCAACCAAGAGGUUGAUGAAACUUUGAGUGAAGCAUGGGAGCGGUUCAAAGAUUAUACUAGAGCAUGCCCUCACCACGGUUUCACCUCAUUGAUCAUAGUGCAAAGCUUCUAUGAUGGUCUUACUCCUACCUCAAGGGCCAACCUUGAUUCGGGAGUCGGAGGUAGCCUUAAAAAGCUAUCGGUUGACGAGGCCUACAAAAUGAUUGAGGAAGUGGCUAAGCAUUAUGCUUAUGGAGGUGAUAAAUGGCAAGGUCAACCCAAGAAGGGCGGUAAGCAUGAUCUUGAAGCAAUAGAUCUUAUUGCUUCAAAGGUUGAUAUGUUAGCUCGAAAGCUAGAUCAAGUGAACAAUGUGCCUGGUAGCUCAUCCCCUCAAGUCAUGUCUUGUGAGACUUGUGGAGGAAAUGACCACUUGGCAUCCUAUUGCAACACUACAACGGAGCAUGUGGCUUCACUUGGUAGGAAUGAUCCUUACUCCCAAACUUUUAACCAAGGUUGGAAACAACAUCCAAAUUUUGGGUGGAAACAACCCAAUCAAGCUCCCCCUCCUCAAAACAAUUACAACCAAGCUCCUCCUUACAAUCAACCCCCUCCACAACAACAAGCUCCCUAUCGCCACCCCAAUCAAAGAGACAAUGUCCAACAAAGACCCCAAUACAAUCAAGCCCCUCCUCCUCCAAAAUCCAACAUUGAAUCCGUUUUGGAAACCUUCAUGACCCAACAAAUCAAGAUCAAUGGGGAAGUUAGUAGCUCAAUUCAACAACUCCAAGCACACAACAAGAUGAUUGAAAGUCAAUUAUCUCAAAUUGCACAACAAGUUGGGUGCACCUCUAACCCCGGUGGUCAAUUUCCAAGCACAACGGUAAUGAAUCCAAAAGAGCAAGCGAAAUCAAUCACCUUGAUUAUGGAAGGGGGGUAUGAAACUCCAAUUAUGAAAGAAAAUGUUGCCAAAAAGGGAGAUGAGGGAGAUAGUUGGGUAGAUGAAAGUGAGUUUGAAAAUGAAGUGAGUGAGGAGGCGAGAGGAAGGUCAAAAAUGAGUGAUGAGGGUGCCUCAAAGAGAGAUGAGGGAGAAGUGAAGAGUCAAGCUCCAUUGAGAGCAUAUGAGCCUCAUAUUCCAUUCCCUCAUAGAAUGAUAGAGAAGAAGCUAAGUGAGAAACUUUCUAAGUUCCUUGAUGAAAUGGAAGGACUUCAAUCAAACAUUCCACUUCUCCAUGCUUUGUCUCAAAUGCCUACAUAUGCAAAGUUUUUGAAAAAUAUUCUUUCUAACAAGAGUAGGCUUGAGGAGAGUGAUUCUGUCUCUCUUCCAACGGAGAUAAGUGCUAUUACUCAAAAUGAGCUUCCCGAGAAGUUUGGUGACCCCGGUAGUUUUGCUAUACCGGUUAAGGUUGGAGAUCUUGAAUCAACAAAUGCUUUACUAGCCGACCGCUCGGUUAAAGUUCCAUUGGGAGUCUUGAAGGACAUCCCAAUUCAAGUGGGGAAGGUUCUUGUGCCUUGUGAUUUUGUAAUCAUGGAGAUGGAUGAGGAUUUCAAAAUUCCUCUCAUAUUGGGUAGGCCCUUUUUGAAAACCGCGGGUGUUAAUAUUAACAUGAAACAAGGGCGGCUUACCUUACAUGUUGGGCAUGAAAGAAUCUCUUUCACAUUUCCGGAAACGUUGAAUGACCCCAUGGUUAAACAAGUUCAUCGGGUUGAUGUUUUGGUUAAUAUUUUGAAAGAAGACAUGGAGGAGUCACAAGAUGAAUCGACUCAUGCUCCGGAGGUGAAAAAGCAAUAG